AUGACACUGCCGCGUGACAACUCCGAUACACAUAUAGCAUCCAUGGACGCUUCCAUUGACGCAUCCAUGGACGCAUCCAUGGCAUUACCAAUACCACCAACCACCACAUCAACCGCAUCUUCAACACGAGCGUCAACCAACAACUCCCCAUCUCUACCAGUGGCAAGGAGCCCCAUACCCACAAAACUUAUCAAUGUCCACACACUCAACCAGUCUUCAACCUUAUCUUCACCAACAUUACCAUCAUCCUUAUCACCAACAUCGCCACAUUUCCCUACAGCCAAGACAACAGGAGCAACAACAAAAUCUAAAGCAGGAACAGGCGCAGGAGCAGGUACGGGAACAGGUACCGGAGCAGGCAUGGACCCAGCAUCAUCAUCUUUGAUGAGUGGUCAUGUGACACCGCAACUAGAAUCCAAGCCACCUUCGCCCUCACAGCACCACCAACCAUCUCUAGAUCAACUAGUUAACGAUUGCUUCCUCCACUCAAUGAACAUGACUGAUCAAAUAGUGGUGGAUAAAGCAAAUGCAGAUACCGCUGAAGAAACUAUUGAGUCUCGAAUAGCCAUGUGCAAAAAGUUUCACGACUUUUUGAACAAACUGCACUGUCAAGAAAAUUUGGAUUUUCUCAUUGAUAUAUACCGGUAUGAGCACUUGUACAAUACAAAAACAUUUAGCGUGCCACCAGCAGAUGGCAACACAAAUAAAUUUGCACAAAAUGGCACACCACAGUUUGUCAAGAUUAGAUUACACGACCGCCCCAAACGAUCCUCAUUAACACUCCGCCAUGGCGGAACACCGUCAGUAACUUCAUUUGAAUCAUUUAGAGCAUCUUCGAGAACCUCAACCAGGGAAGAUUUACACGAUCCACAAACUGCAUUCGUCUCUACCAUUGAUGAUUUAAAUAUGAGUGAACCAUGGAAGGAAUUUGGACUGAGACAAAUAGACUGCUUAUCCGACUUUGACUCUGACUCUGAAGAAGAUGAAGAGCAUCCACACGGAAUUGAUGAUGAUGAUGAUGAUGAUGAUGCAGAAGAUUGCAUAUAUAUCAAGCAGGAGGAUUUGGAUAUGUUGAAAAUGGACUGGGACAUCAUUAUGAACACAUAUAUUAAGCACGACUCGCCUUUGCAGAUCAAUAUCUCACAAAAAUUAUUCAAGGAGAUUGUUGAAGAGAGCAGUAACCUCAACGUCAAAUUACAUAACCCAUUGAUCCUACUCAGGGCAAGAAAUGAAGUCUUGAGAAUGUUGAGAGAAAAUGCAUACUUUGAAUUUGUGUGCCACAAUAGAAGACAGCAACAAAUUGAACACAAGUUAAAGCAAGAACAAGAACAAAAGCAAGAACAAGAACAAAAGCAAGAGCAAGAAACGAUCAGCCCACACCAAAGCGGCCUCAAAGAACCAAGCGUUGAAAAUGCAUCAAGAAGCAAUGGUGUGACAAUCUCCAAAUCCACUUUACCUGAAAAAGCUCAAGCAUCCACUUUCCAACCACAACAGGAGCCUAGAGAGCCAAGUUCACUUCCUUCUUCUUUUUUUGGCAAGUUGUCUUCUUCCUAUAUUUUAAAAGGAAAUAAACAACACAGUAAUCAUUCAAGUAAUGGAAGUUCAACACCAGUAGGCAAAAACAUUUCCUUAAACGACCUGGAAUUGUCAUUUGCUUCGUUAUCAAGCUCUUUAGACAAACUCAAGAUCAAUACAAAUAUUUCUGCAAAUACAACUAAUUCUACAAACACAAAUCACAGUGAAGUAUCAUCCAGCUCAACCUCACUCAAUCCGCAUACAACUUUUGCAUCAUCAACCCCACAACAACAACAGCAACAACAACAGCAACAACCUACCACAAAUCAUAGAUCUCAUAAGACGCAUACAAAUCACCAUUUCUUUCAUCAUUCGUCAUCACUUAGAGGUAGACCAAGAAAAGAUAGUUUGACCAAUUCACCAAGAGUUAAGCCAUCAACACCAACCGCAACACCAUUAACAUCAGCUCCAGCAACUCCGGGAUCUACACCAAUGGAGCACAGUGGCUCCAAUAACGGCAUAUUACUGUACACUAGUGAUGCAAGAGCAUCUCACAAUAUUAGCCCCAUCUCCAUUGGCAGUGAGCGCAGCGUCGCAAGUAGUAUGACAGAGAAACUUAACGGGACGGGAAAUGUUAAUGGUAACGGAAGUGGCAGCCUGUCGCUUAGUUCAUCCUUAAAGUUUUGGAAAAAGAGAUCAUAA